AAUACUCCCGUUAAUAGAAUGAAAUAAGGGUUUCGAGAACCGGUUUUGUCUCGGAGGAGAAGGAGGCGACUUCGGAGAGAACGAGAAGAGCAGCGGAAUAUGGGGAGCAGCGGCGCGGCGAAGAGCCCAAAAAAGAUUAACCUCCUUGAUCAUCACUCCAUCAAGCAUCUUCUCGAUGAAUCCGUCACCGAGGUCGUUAAGAGUCGGGGGUACACUGAAGAUGUGAGGCUGAGCAACGUCAGGCUGCUGAUCGGAUCCAUCAUUAUCGCGAUCGCGCUCCUCGCACAGUUCUAUCCGAAAAAGUUCCCGGAAAACAAGGAUUUUCUUCUCACUUGCAUCGGAUUGUAUGUAGUAUUUAAUGCGUUGUUGCAGUUCAUCAGUUACACAAAGGAGAAGAAUGCGUUCCUUUUCACUCACCCUCCUGCUGGAUCCUAUAGUACGGGUUUGGUUGUGUCUUCCAAGCUGCCAAGGUUCUCUGAUAUUUACACCCUUACAAUAGCCAGUGCCGAUCCAAAGUCCAUUUCUGCUAAUAAGCCAGUUGUCCUGACGAAGAGUGUUACAAAAUGGUUUACCAAGGAAGGUCUUCUUGUUGAAGGUCUUUUCUGGAAAGAUGUUGCGAAACUGAUUGACGAUUACAAUGGCGACCGGAAGAGCAAAUGACUUUCCAGGAACUUAUAAAAGUUGAUAAAACUCAACACCCUAGCGCUAAUAGUUUCAUGUAUGAUGGUGUUUUGUGACUUUGCUCGAACCAAGACUACUAGUCUGUCUUCCCUUUUCCAACUGUAGUAGCACUUUGGUAGACUAAAAAUUGGCAAAAUUUUAUUCUGGUUUAAUUUCUGAAGAUCGAAUUGCUUUGUUGUA